CCUCUUCUCUGUAAGGAAUCAGAGUACCUGUGAGUCUGAGGACUGCUGCCGGGAUCACUUAAUACAGGAAAAUUUUCCAGGCCGCAUAAUGACUGGAAGUCAAGGAGUUGCUCCAGCUGCACAAAGCCCUGCAGCUACACCUCCUGGAUUACCUAAUGACAACGCUACCAAAGAACCGGGCCAGACAGAAGAGAAAGAACACAGUCUGAACAAGUUUAUGAGUGAGGUGCACCACAUCCACAUGCAAUCAUGGGCUGUAGCUGCCAUUUGCAUUGUGAGUUUGUGCAUUGUGCUGUCAUGUAUGGUGUGCAUGUGGAUGAAGAGCCUGAAAAAGAAGGACAAGGACAAAGAGAAGGACAAGAAAAAAGGAAAAGAGAAGGGUAAAGGAGGUUCUGACACCGAAAUGGGUGGAGGUUACAAUGAGCUAGUGAAAGAUGAAGGAAACAAAGAAACAGCACUGUCAAAUAAUGAGCCCAAGGAGGAGGAGAAGCUAGGCCGGCUGCAUUUCUCAUUAGACUAUAACUUCACAGAAAACACACUGGUAGUGGGUAUCUUGCAGGCUGCAAAGCUUCCUGCUAUGGAUGUGGGAGGAAGUUCUGACCCCUAUGUGAAACUCUUCCUGCUGCCUGAUAAGAAGAAAAAGUUUGAAACUAAAGUCCACAGGAAAACCCUUGAACCCAACUUCAGCGAGACAUUCAUAUUCAAGGUACCAUACACUGAACUGGGUGGGAAGACUUUGGUGAUGACCGUGUAUGACUUUGACCGUUUCUCAAAACACGAUGCUAUUGGAGCUGUGAAGAUCCCAAUGAGCAGUGUGGACUUCAGCCAGUCUCUGCAGGAGUGGAGGGACCUGCAAAAGGCUGAGAAAGAAGAGAGCGAGCGGCUUGGGGAUGUAUGCCUGUCCUUGAGAUACGUCCCUACUGCAGGGAAGCUGACAGUAGUGAUUCUGGAGGCCAAAAACCUGAAGAAAAUGGAUGUGGGUGGAUUAUCAGACCCUUAUGUGAAGAUCCACUUAAUGCAGAAUGGGAAAAGACUCAAGAAAAAGAAAACGACAACAAAGAAGAACACGCUGAACCCUUACUACAAUGAGUCAUUCAGCUUUGAAGUGCCAUGUGAACAAAUAGAGAAGGUCCAGAUAGCAGUCACUGUGUUGGAUUACGAUAAAAUUGGGAAAAAUGAUGCCAUUGGUAAGGUACUGCUGGGAGGAACGAGCACUGGGACUGAGCUACGCCACUGGUCAGACAUGCUGGCCAACCCCCGACGGCCAAUAGCCCAGUGGCACAGCCUUAAACUAGAAGAUGAAGUCAACGCCAUAAUGUCGAACAAGAAAUGAAACUCGAACCCCGCAGUAGGGUAGCACAAUGCAGCUGUUCUUUGAAACCUUGCGCCUCUUACCUCAACGAUCAUGUUCCUACCUCUCCCCCUCUUAAAAAAGCCUUUAAGCUACUUAACUCAGCAAAAUGUUUCCAACAAUCCCCACUUACCUUUGACACCAUCAGAGCCAGUAUUACAAACCUUAAGUCUUCUCCAUUUAACAAAUCUCUCAUUCUGCCGACACCUAAACUGCUAGAUUUAACAAAGAUGUACCAUUAUGCACAGUGCUAUGAAAAAGGUGACUUAUUUCUAGACCUAAGAGAAUGUAUUUCUUCUUAUAAUAUAUAUAUACUGGUCGACAAUAUGCAAGCCACAGUUGAAAUACACAUGAUUAACCUGUAGAGGGAGACAAUCCAAAAUGUUGAUUUGACAUCCAAACAUCACAAGCAUUUUGCCUCUGUCCCCAUAUUUGAGAUGUUAU